UCUCCAUGCACGAUCGAUAGCUUCUCCUUUGUUCAAGCGUUCAAGCAAGCAUCCGAACAAGGCGCUCUGCAGAUCUACAGAAGAGGUCUCGGCCACUGGCAAAACACUCCACAACAUACCAGCAACAAUGCGAGAUGCCACUCCCCUUAUCAAACGUAGUUCGGCCGAGCAAGAGUCAACCUUCCUGGCAUCUCACUUUUUCCCUCGCAACCGAUCCAAACAGUGGAACCAAGAGGAACCAAGAGGUGAGAUCCAGAGAUCCACGCAGAACUGCCAUCAGCUCACAAAUCCAACAGAAUCACAUUCCAGACACAACACAACAACAACAAGAUGACCUACAAGUCUACUGCAUCCAACGCUACCAGAGCUGCAUCUCCCACAAGGCAGGUGUGGUUUAGCCGAACCGACGUGAUCAUUACUUGCAGUUACCCUGACGAUCGUGACACCAGUACCCCCACCACCACUGUCACCUAUGCCCAACAGAAGCAUGAAGAAAGUGGAGUUUCCAGAAAGCAAGAUCCCAUGGCGGCUGCCAUGCGUCGUGCUCGCAGGAGCAGAAAUGGUUCCAUCCUGCGAGAAGCUGUAUCGUACGUCCGAGAAAUCGUCGCCGUGCAACACAAGAUCCGAAGAAAGUACCGUCCAGAAGAAGCCACUGUUGUUUUGGGUCGGUAUGCCACUCUCAAAACCAAACUGAAUCGCAUCGAAGCAUGGGAAAAGGCUCGAGGUACUACUCAUGAUGCCAUGAAAAUUCAUCAGGAGGCUUCAGUGGAGUCACGCAAUGCAAAAAGGCGCCGAUGCUGUGACACCAACGAGAAAAGAUCGCUCGUCAAGUUGCUAUUCCGAGGGUUUCCUACUGGUGCCCAAAAAAGCAAGGCAUCCUUCUUUGCAGCAGCACCGCCAGCCCGACAAAUAUCGGCUUAUUAGAAAAAACAUGGAGUUGAAAAGCGGUGCGUGGCACUCCCGAAGGCGCAGUCAGUUGUACCAGAUACAACUACUGGUAACUGUGCAAAAUCAAAAGAAUACCGGGAGUGUUACUGUACCAAAGUUUUUUCCAACCCUUUUUCAUAUUGUAAUAAUAAUGUAACAACCAGAGGCAAACAUAUUGUCAAGUUAUACUUGUGUUUGAUACCGACGCAUUGAAAGGUAUGGGUAAUGA